AUGGAUGGCGCUACGAAGCAAGAAGCGGUCGGCCCGUCGGAGAAGGGCGACCGAGUGCCUGGCAAGGCGGAAACGGCGCUCUUCAACUACGUCAGGCCGCAGUUGCGCAAGGUCCACGAUCCCGAUGUCACCUUCGAGGAAUAUCACUACUACGCGAAGAAGACGCGCGAGGAGGAGUUGACGCUCGAGGCUCCCAAGACCAACUGGAAGGCCCUCGUGAUGAAGAAGAAGACUCCCAGUGGAGAAGGUGACGCAAGCACGCAAGCAGCAGCUCGCAUGCCCACAGAAGAAGAACUGGCAAACCGUGCCAAUCGCCUUGAAAUCACCGACGAGGAAUGGACCAAUGCAAGUCGCGCCUUCAGAACGGCGUCGGGUGGUGCCUGCUUCUACUUGAUCACUACCGACAUCCUAGGCCCGUUUCCGGUCGCGUUCUCGCUGGGCACGUUGGGAUGGGGUCCAGGUAUCGCUUUCUAUACCAUAUUCGGUUUCUUCGCAGGUUACUCGGGUUACCUGAUCUGGAGAGUGUUCAUCGGCAUCGACAGCUACGAGUUCCCGGCUCGAAACUACGGUGAUCUGGGGUUCCGCACCUGGGGCACAGCCGUUCGGCACAUAACCAACUUCCUUCAAGCAAUCGCGCUCCUUCUCCUUCUGGGACAAGUUACAAUUCUCUUCGGCCAAAACAUAUCGGAGAUCUCGAAGUUUCGACUUUGCUAUGUUGUCUGCCCGAUUCUGUUCGUCGUGGCAGGAUUCUUCCUGACACAAAUUCGGACGCUAAAAGCGUACGGCUGGGUGGCUACGCUCGCCAUUUGGAUGAACCUUUUGACCAUCUUCAUAUCCAUGGGCGUAAUUGCGAAUUCUGAACCCAAUUUCGCGAUCGCGACGCUGGGCUCCGCGGGCAGUGCUGUUGACAAAAGCACAAUCACCCCCGACAAAGACGGCAACUACCCGCCCAUCAUGCACUACACUGGUCUACCGCCGGGCGGCCUGGUCGGCUCAAUCAACGGCUUGCUAUCUGGGGUGCUGGCCUAUGCAGGCGCUCAGCUAUUUGUGGAGUUUCUGGCCGAGAUGAAGCGACCCAGGGACUUCCUCAAGGCGAUGUGGGGUGCCCAGUUGUUCAUUUACACGGCGUAUCUCGUCUACGGAUGCUUCGUCUACCACUUCCAAGGCCAGUAUAGCUUCAACCCAAGCUUCCAGGGUGUGAGUACCUACGCCUGGCAGACCGUCGGCAACUGCAUUUCCCUCGUGGCUGGUCUCAUUGCCGCUGGUUUGUACGGCAACAUUGGCAUCAAGGUUGUGUACAACAACAUUCUCUUGGACAUCUUCAAUGCGCCGCCACUGGUGACGAGGAAAGGAAAGCUCAUUUACGCAUCCAUUGUACCGCUCUGGUGGUCGACUGCGUUCAUCAUUGCGGCCGCGAUCCCGGACUAUUUCGGCUUCAUCAGCGUCAUGUCGGCUUCUACGCUACUCAACCUCACCUAUACGUUGCCCCCGCUCUUCGCGCUUGGAUUCGACAUUCAGCGCCACGCUGUUCGCAGCGAAAUUGGCGAGGGAUUUGACCCAAGCACCGGACAGGUCACACGCGGAGGGUCAACGCUGCAACGGUGGAUGCGAGGUUUCCGCAGCGGCGGUCCGCUUCAAGUCGCCCUCAAUGUCUGGCACGUCAUUUACUUCUUUGCAUCCUUGUCGAUGUGUGGCUUGGGAAUGUACGCGGCAGUGCAAGGGAUGAUCGAGGCAUUCAAGGAGCCACAACUGAACUCGUUCUCUUGCGUCUCGCCUCUCAACCUCAAUGCAUAG